GUGAGGAGAAACCGUCACUUCCGCUAUAAACAGCAUCUAAAUUUACUUUGUUUGCAUGUGAAUUGUACCACACUGAUAUAAUUCACAAGCAGCGAUGCUUUCGAGGUCUGUACGAGCUGAAACUCGAAGUCGAGCUAAAGAAGAUAUCAAGAGAGUUAUCAAUGCUAUCGAUAAAGUUAGAAAAUGGGAGAAGAAAUGGGUGACAAUAGGCGAUACCACCAUGAGGAUCUAUAAAUGGGUACCAGUUGCUAACCAGGGAUCCCCUCAAUCGUCCCGGUCAGCCCAGAAGGGUUUGUACAAACAGAAAGGAGGGAAGUCUGCCGGAGAUAAGGAGAACAUGAAAGAAUUAUCUAAUGAUUCCUCCUCUCAGUUUAGUAACCAUGGUAACCACCUGCCUAAGGGCGGGACUCCAUCGUCCAAGAGUCGUAGCUCUAGUAAGUCGGCCCCCGCUGUCAGUGGGCGGGGUCACCACUUCGCCAUGUUUGGUGAGGACAGCACCCAGCAGUCCUUCAAUGACAGCGAGAACAUGAACGAGGACUCGAACAUGUCCUUUCCGGAUCAUUCUGUCCCAGACUUCUCCCAGGACAGCAAUGAUGUUGAUCCAGAUCUCAGAGUGGGGUUGUCCAUGAGCCUGAGUCGAGACGAGGACAAGUCCCUGAAAGGAGAUGAAACUAAUGAUUCAGAACCACCUGUCUUGGAGCCGGAGCUAGACCCACCUCCCAGCAAGCGCUCCCGCCCGGACACGCCCACUACCAGCUGAUGACGUCCUCUUCUCCUUGUGAAUAGACAUUGUCGUAUCAUUGUCAAUUGCCAUGUCAUUGUCUUGUCAGAAAUUAGGGAUCAAUAUACGUGAACUGGUAUCACUGGUCUGUGCAGACUCUGUAAUGGAUGAAACAGGGUUAGUUCACUACAAUGAGGGCAGCAUGGUCAUACUUUGCUUAACUAGUCUCAAUGGCUGGUACAGUUUUAUUCAUUUAAUCUAGUUCUUCAGUCUGUCAUUGCAUACUUUGGACUUUACACUGUCAUUGUCUCAUUGAAUCAAUGGAACAGUUUGUAUGUACCUGUGACUGUCCGGACAAGUGUGGGGGUAGUUUUGUAUGUACCUGUGACUGUCUGGACAGGUGUGGGGGUAGUUUUGUAUGUACCUGUGACUGUCCGGACAAGUGUGGAGGUAGUUUUGUAUGUACCUGUGACUGUCCGGACAGGUGUGGAGGUAAUUUUGUAUGUACCUGAGAAUGUCCGGACAGGUAUGUGGAUAGUUUGGUAUGUACCUGAGACUGUCAAUCUGCUGGGUAGUUUUGUAUGUACAUCUUACUGACAUAUUGGUUUUGUUGCAGCUAAUAUUUUCAUGCAGUAAGGCAUUUUCCAUGCUAUACAUUUUGAUAGGAAAACACCCCAAGUCAGUUCAUUUUUCCAAAUCACUUAAUGAUGUCAAACAUGUAUGUUCUGAUAAAAAGAUGUGGCGUCACCUUAAGAUAUCAGAAUGUCAACUGGUACUAACUUGUAAGAACUCUAAUAUUUUAUGAAACUGUUUCCAUUCAGAUGUUAGUAAAAGCUCUAUAUGUAUGAAGUACAUUUGAUGACACAGAGGUAGUUAUGGCGAGACACUGCUGAUAUUUGUAUUAAGUUUCGCCAUAAUGCCGUGUCAUUGGUGGGCAUUAGCUUUGAAACAUUUAUAUCAACUUACGAAAGGAGAAGGUGCAAGAAUGUGAGAAAAUAAAAGCUUAAAUUGUAAA